UAAUAUUGGCCACAAAAUGAAAUCAGACGUAUCAUCAUCUCUCCAUCCACCAAUGAAAAAGUUCAAUCUUUUUUGAUAUACUGUUCACUUCCCAGAUUAUCAAGCUGAUAUUCGAGAAGGGUUUUUUAAGUUCUUGAAAUCUUCUCGAUCGAAGGAUUCCAAAUGGGUUCGGUUUCGGGUCAAACCCGAAUUGCUACGAUGAACCUCUCCCUCUCCUCAUCAGAGAAGAGCUCUAAUAAUCGCUCCUCCUCGCUUCUCAAUCCUAAGAACGCAGUUUCAGAUAGUUACGGGGUCUCUUCCAAAUGCAGCACAUUCCUCAGGGGCCAGUUCCAAAGAAUACAACUCUCUUAUACUCGCCACACUCGACCUUUGCCAAAACGUGCAGGCCACGUUGUGUCUCCGAGCUGCGUCAUGCCGUUGACGGAAGAGAAUGUGGAGAGAGUGCUCGACGAAGUACGCCCCGCGUUGAUGGCAGACGGAGGAAACGUGGCGCUGCAUGAGAUCGACGGACUCGUGGUGGUUCUUAAGCUACAAGGAGCUUGUGGUUCGUGUCCCAGCUCGUCGAUGACGUUAAAGAUGGGAAUCGAGAGUCGUCUCCGCGACAAGAUUCCGGAGAUCAUGUCCGUCGAGCAGUUUCUUGAAGCGGAGACUGGAGGGUUGGAGCUCAACGAGGAAAACAUCGAAAAGGUUCUCGCUGAGCUACGGCCUUACCUAUCGGGAACAGGAGGUGGAGGGCUUGAGCUUGUUGAGAUCGAUGGUUAUAUAGUUAAGAUUCGGCUCACUGGACCAGCUGCUGGAGUCAUGACGGUUCGUGUCGCGUUGACUCAGAAACUGAGGGAAAACAUUCCUUCAAUAGGUGCAGUCCAGCUUCUAGAGUGACCACUUUUUGUAUUGUUCAUCUACGAGAGCCUAUAUUUCGAUUAUAUGUACAUCAUUUUCAAAUCUAACAUCCAUACCAUUCAGUUC